AGAAAAUGAGUUACGAACGUGUACACAUAGUUCUUUCAUUGAGAGACACCGUGGCUUGCAAACGAGCGAAGCAUCGCAGUUGCUCAGUGUUUGGAUGUACAAAACCUCGAAAAAGCCAGCUCAUCAAGUGCUUACAUUCAGCAGCUUCUCUCAAGGGAUGUUGCCUGCCAGACCGAAAACCUGGAAACGCAUAUUUGUAGGCAGAAAGCUAUCCUUAAAGUAUAUGAAGCCCCAUUUUAAAAGUCAAGAAGACAACGAUGCCUUUGGAGACUGCAGCACGCAGCGCGGCGCCACCUCGGAGAAUCUGGGUGUGGACGCCCCUGGCUCCUCCCACAUGUCCAGUCACAGCAGGAAGCUGAAGAUCCUGAGCGUCUACGGUAAAGGGGAGGGCCCUCUGGCGGUGGACGGCCAUGACACCCUCUUCACCGCGUCUGACGUGGAGGCCCUGAACUCGCUGUCUGCGGACCACAGCGCGGCCAAGAGCCUGGAGCGCGGCGAGCGGCUGGUCCGCCCUGAAGAGCCGAGCGUGCAGCAGACCCCAGACACCAUUUCAAUCAAGGUUGAAGAGGAUAUUGGUCGAGGCAUGCCCGCUGUAGAAGACUGCGAUGCCUUUGGAGACCGUAGCACGCAGCACGGCGCCGCCUCGGAGAUUCUGGGUGUGGACGCCCCUGGCUCCUCCCACAUGUCCUGUCACAGCGAGGAACUGGUGCAAACCCCAGACACCAUUUCAAUCAAGGUUGAAGAGGAUAUUGGUGGAGGCAUGCCCGCCGUAGAAGACGACAAUGACAUCAGAGACUGCAGCACGCAGCGUGGCGCCACCUCGGAGAGUCUGCGUGUGGACGCCCCUGGCUCCUCCCACAUGUCAAGUCACAGCGGGGAGCUGCGCAUCCUGAGUGUCUACGGACAAGGGGAGGGCCCACUGGCGGUGAACGGCCAUGACACCCUCUUUGCCGCGUCAGAACUGGAGGCCUUGAGCUUGCUGUCCGCAGACCACAGCGUGGCAAAGAGCCUGAACUGCAGCGUGCGGCUCGUCCGCCUUGAGGAGCUGACUGGGCAUCAGGGCGGCCGCAAGGGCCGGCCCGGUGUCUUGUGUGGAAAGGUUGUUCCCAACGAUGCCAAUAUGAUCGUCCACAUGAGGACUCACUCCGGGGAGAAGCCCCACAGGUGUGACCAAUGCACAAAGCGCUUCAGUCAGAGCUCCGCCCUGAAGAGCCACAUGAGGACCCACACGGACAGGAAGCCCUACAAGUGUGACCAAUGCAGGAAGCGCUUCACUCGGAAAUGCCACCUGAAAAUCCACAUGAGGACUCACACCGGGGAGAAGCCCUACAAGUGUGACCAAUGCACGAAGCGCUUCAGUCAGCGCUCCACCCUGAAGGUCCACAUGAGGACUCACUCCGGAGAGAAGCCCUACAAGUGUGACCAAUGCACGAAGCGCUUCGGUCGGAAAUGCAUCCUGAAGAAACACAUGAGGACUCACUCCGGGGAGAAGCCCUACAGGUGUGACCAAUGCACGAAGCGCUUCCAACGGAAAUGCGACCUGGAGAUCCACCUGAGGACUCACUCUGGGGAGAAGCCCUACAAGUGUGACCAAUGCACGAAGGGCUUCAGUCUGAAAGGCACCCUGAAUAUCCACAUGAGGACUCACUCUGGGGAGAAGCCCUACAAGUGUGACCAAUGCACGAAGAGCUUCAGUAUGAAAUGCGUCCUGAAGAUCCACCUGAGGACUCACUCCGGCGAGAAGCCAUACAGGUGUGACCAAUGCACGAUGCGCUUCAGUCAGAAAAACCACCUGAAGCGCCACAUGAGGACUCACUCCGUGGAGAAGCCCUAUAAGUGUGACCAAGGCACGAUGCGCUUCAGUCAGAAAGACCACCUGAAGCGCCACAUGAGGACUCACUCCGUGGAGAAGCCCUAUAAGUGUGACCAAUGCACGAUGCGCUUCAGUCAGAAAGACCACCUGAAGCGCCACAUGAGGACUCACUCCGGGGAGAAGCCCUACAAGUGUGACCAAUGCACAAAGCGCUUCAGUCAGAGAGGCAACCUGAAGACACACAUGAUAACUCACUCUGGGGAGAAGCCCUACAGGUGUGACCAAUGCACGAAGCGCUUCAGUCGGAGAGGCCCCCUGAAGACACACAUGAUGACUCACUCUGGCGAGAAGCCCUACAAGUGUGACCAAUGCACAAAGCGCUUCAUUCAGAGAGGCACCCUGAAGACACACAUGAUGAGUCACUCCGGGGAGAAGCCCUACAGGUGUGACCAAUGCACGAAGCGCUUCCUACGGAAAUGCGACCUGAAGAUCCACCUGAGGACUCACUCUGGGGAAAAGCCCUGCGUGUGUCUGCAGUGCAACGCCAGCUACAGCGACCCAAGCAAUUUGCGUGCGCACAUGCUCAAGCACACUUUGACACGGGUAUCGUUUUGCAAGUCGCCAAUAAACUCAGAAGAAGAAGAAGAAGGCAUCAUGGCUUGCAAACCAUGGACUUGCAAACGUGCGAAGCAUAGCAGUUGCUCAGUGUUUGGAUGCUCAAAUGAACACAAAACUCUAUUUUUAGUUCCUUCAUCCGAGCCUCUGACGAACCAGUGGGUUAAUUUUAUUGUCCCUGGAAAUGCACCAGUCUGCGCCAAACAUUUCUCUGACGACUGCUUCCUCAACUUGGACCAAUACAGAGCUGGACUUGCUCAAUGUCUGAAGAUCAAGUCUGGAUCAGUACCAACUCUCCACGGCUCAGCUACAAACCUCGAAAAAGCCAGCUCAUCAAGGGCUUACAUUCAGCAGCUUCUCUCAAGGGAUGUUGCCUGCCAGACAGACCACCUGGAAACACAUACUGUAGGCACACAGCUAUCCUUAAACACUUUGCAGCCCCAUUUUAAAAGUGAAGACUGCGAUGCCUUUGGAGACCGUGGCACUCAGCGCAACGCCACCUCGGAGAGUCUGGGUGUGGACGCCCCUGGCUCCUCCCACAUGUCCAAUCACAGCGGGGAGCUGAAGAUUCUGAGCGUCUACGGAAAAGGGGAGGGCCCUCUGGCGAUGGACGGCCAUGACACCCUCUUCAUGGCGUCAGAAGUUGAGGACCUGAACUCGCUGUCUGCGGACCACAGCGUGGCCAAGAGCCUGGAGCGCGGCGAGCGGCUGGUCCGCCGCAAGGAGCUGAGGGUAAAGCAGCAGACCCCAGACACCAUUUCAAUCAAGGUUGAAGAGGAUAUUGGUGGAGGCUUGCCCGCUGUAGAAGACGACAAUGACAUUAGAGACUGCAGCACGCAGCGCGGCGCCACCUCGGAGAGUCUGCGUGUGGACGCCCCUGGCUCCUCCCAAAUGUCAAGUCACAGCGGGGAGCUGCGCAUCCUGAGCGUUUACGGACAAGGGGAGGGCCCACUGGCGGUGGACUACCAUAACACCCUCUUUGCCGCGUCAGAACCGGAGGCCUUGAGCUCGCUGUCCACAGACCACAGUGUGGCCAAGAGCCUGAACUGCAGCGUGCGGCUGGUCCGCCUUGAGGAGCUGACUGGGCAUCAGGGCGGCCGCAAGGGCCGGCCCGGUGUCUUGUGUGGAAAGGUUAUUCCCAACAAUGCCAAUAUGAUUGUCCACAUGACGACCCACACUGACGAGAAGCGGUAUGGGUGCGAACAAUGCACGAAGCGCUUCCAACAGCAAAGAGACCUGAAGAUCCACAUGAGGAUUCACUCCGGGGAGAAGCCCUACCAGUGUGACCAAUGCAGUAAGCGCUUCCUUCGGAAAGAUGCCCUAAAGAUCCACAUGAGGACUCACUCCGGGGAGAAGCCCUACAAGUGUGACCAAUGCUUGAAGCGCUAUCAACAGAGUGGCCACCUGAGGAUUCACAUGAGGACCCACACUGGCGAGGAGCCCUACAGGUGUGACCAAUGCAUGAAGCGCUUCAGAGAGAGCUCCAAGCUAAAGAUUCACAUGAGGACCCACACUGGUGAGAAGCCCUACAGUUGUGACCAAUGCACGAAGCGCUUCAGUCAGAGCUUCGACCUGAAGAUCCACAUGAGGACUCACACCAGGGAGAAGCCCUACAGGUGUGACCAAUGCAUGAAGUGCUUCAGUCAGAGAUCUGCCCUGAAGUCCCACACGAGGACUCACUCCGGCGAGAAGCCAUACAGGUGUGACCAAUGCACGAGGCGCUUCAGUUGGAAAGGCCCCCUGAAGAUCCACAUGAGGACUCACUCUGGGGAGAAGCCCUGCGUGUGUCUGCAGUGCAACGCCAGCUUCAGUGACCCAAGCAAUUUGCGUGUGCACAUGCUCAAGCACACUUUGACACAGGGUAACGGGACGGGUAGGGCCAGCUCAUCAAGUGCUUACAUUCAGCAGCUACUCUCAAGGGAUGUUGACUGCCAGACAGACCACCUGGAAACACAUACUUUUUUGCAGCCCCAUUUUAAAAGUGAAGAAGACUGCGAUGCGUUUGGAGACCGUAGCACUCAGCGUGGCGCCACCUCAGAGAUUCUGGUGGUGGGCGGCCCUGGCUCCUCCCACUGGUCCAGUCGCUGCGAGGAAUUGGUGCAGCGGACCCCAGACACCAUUUCAAUCAUGCUUGAAGAGGAUAUUGGUGGAGGCUUGUCCGCCGUAGAAGACUGCGAUGCCUUUGUAGACCGUGGCACUCAGUGUGGCGCCUUCUCAGAGAUUCUGGGUGUGGUCGCCCCUGGCUCCUCCCACUGGUCCAGUCGCUGCGAGGAAUUGGUGCAGCGGACCCCAGACACCAUUUCAAUCAAGCUUGAAGAGGAUAUUGGUGGAGGCUUGUCCGCCGUAGAAGACUGCGAUGCCUUUGUAGACCGUGGCACUCAGUGUGGCGCCUUCUCAGAGAUUCUGGGUGUGGUCGCCCCUGGCUCCUCCCACUGGUCCAGUCGCUGCGAGGAAUUGGUGCAGCGGACCCCAGACACCAUUUCAAUCAAGCUUGAAGAGGAUAUUGGUGGAGGCAUGCCCGCCGUAGAAGACUGCGAUGCCUUUGUAGACCGUGGCACUCAGUGUGGCGCCUUCUCAGAGAUUCUGGGUGUGGUCGCCCCUGGCUCCUCCCACUGGUCCAGUCGCUGCGAGGAAUUGUUGCAGCAGACCCCAGACACCAUUUCAAUCAAGGUUGAAGAGGAUAUUGGUGGAGGCUUGCCCGCCGUAGAAGACUGCGAUGCCUUUGUAGACCGUGGCACUCAGUGUGGCGCCACCUCAGAGAUUCUGGGUGUGAUCGCCCCCGGCUCCUCCCACUGGUCCAGUCGCUGCGAGGAAUUGGUGCAGCAGACCCCAGACACCAUUUCAAUCAAGCUUGAAGAGGAUAUUGGUGGAGGCAUGACCACCGUAGAAGACAAUGACAUUAGAGACUGCAGCACGCAGCGCGGCGCCAUCUCGGAGAGUCUGCGCGUGGACGCCCCUGGCUCCUCCCACAUGUCAAGUCACAGCGGGGAGCUGCGCAUCCUGUGCGUCGACGGACAAGGGGAGGGCCCACUGGCGGUGGACGGCCAUGACACCCUCUUUGCCGCGUCAGAACUGGAGGCCUUGAGCUCGCUGUCCGCUGACCACAGCGUGGCCAAGAGCCUGAACUGCAGCGUGAGGCUCGUCCGCCUCGAGGACCUGACUGGGCAUCAGGGCUGCCGCAAGGGCUUGUGUGGAAAGGUUAUUUCCAACAAUGUCAAUAUGAUCGUCCACAUGAGUACUCACAUCGGCAAGAAGCCCUACAAGUGUGACCAAUGCACAAAGCGCUUCAGUCUGAAAGGCCCCCUGAAGAUCCACAUGAGGACUCACUCCGGGGAGAAGCCCUACAAGUGUGACCAAUGCACGAAGUGCUUCAGUCAUGGCCCCACCCUGAAGUUACACAUGACUACUCACACCGGCAAGAAGCCCUACAGGUGUGACCAAUGCACGAAGGGCUUCAGUCUGAAAGGCCGCCUGAAUGUCCACAUGAGAACUCACUCCGGCGAGAAGCCCUACAAGUGCGACCAUUGCACGAAGUGCUUCAGUCUGAAAAGCAACCUGAAUAUCCACAUGAGAACUCACUCCGGCGAGAAGGCCUACAAGUGUGACCAAUGCAUGAAGUGCUUCAGUCAGAAAGGCCAGCUGAAUAUCCACAUGAGGACUCACACUGGGGAGAAGCCCUACAGGUGUGAGCAAUGCCCGAAGCGCUUCAGUCAAGGCCGCGCCCUGAAGUUCCACAUGUCGACUCACUUUGGGGAGAUGCCCUACAGGUGUGAUCAAUGCACGAAGAGCUUCCAACGGAAAUGCUACCUGAAGAUCCACCUGAGAACUCACUCCGGUGAGAAGCCAUACAAGUGUGACCAAUGCAUGAAGUGCUUCAGUCAGAAAGGCGAGAUGAAUAUCCACAUGAGGAUUCACUCUGAGGAAAAUCCCUACAGGUGUGACCAAUGCCCGAAGCGCUUCACUCACGGUCGCUUCCUGAAGUACCACAUGUGGACUCACACCGGUGAGAAGCCCUACAGGUGUGACCAAUGCACGAAGUGCUUCCAACGGAAAUGCGACCUGGAGAUCCACAUGAGGACUCACUCUGAGGAGAAGCCCUGCGUGUGUCUGGAGUGCAACGCCAGCUACAGCGACCCAAGCAGUUUGCGUUUGCACUUGCUCAAAGCACACUUUGACACGGGGUAACAGGACUCUUUGAUUGAGACCUCCGUCCUGUAUUGGUUGAAAUUACUGCUUUAGUUUUUCUUUUCAUCACGAUUAAACACUUUCAACUUUUGAUUCGCUUUCUGAUUUUAUUAAUUGAUGUCUGUGUUGAAUAACUUAUUUCUAGGACACUUCUGACAGCAAAAUAUUUGAUUUAAUGUAGAGCUUGAUCAGGGGAAGAUGCAGGCAGCAAAGUUACCAAGCAUACAGUCAAUGAGACGAUGGGUGUACAUGAUUCUUAUAGGUAACGUUCACAUCGUGGGUAAAUACAAAGGAAACAAAGGUCAGGGGGAGGGGCCUUGGUGGAGUUUAGGAUCGGCCAGAGGAGAGACCAAGUUAAAUUGCAAUUCACAAUAUGGGUGAAGUGGACAUGGCUGCAAGACAGUUAAAGGAAUCUACACAACAAAGAAGUCUGGAUUGGCCUCAGUAUCAAACUUGGUGCCCACAGUUGCAAAUGCAAACUAUCUUAGCACAUUUUAAUCAGAGAGGACGGGAGGUAUCUCUUGGUCCUUGGAGAAUGCAUAGAAAUUGAUUGAAAUUGACUAAUCAUUCAAACGGUUCAUAUAAUUGGUAUAUUAAAGUUAUGCUUGACAUUGUCACAACAUUGUCAUUACCGUUAUCUUUGUUAUUACAAAAAGCCUGCAAUGUUCACUUGUGAAAUAGACUGCGAUUGAACCCCACAUUAUACAUGAUUGUGUUCAUUCCACUUACCUUUCCAUUCUGUGCGCUUAAUGCUAACUACCUUGGAUGGAUUGUAUCAUAAUAGGCGAUAAUGGUUGAAGAUGAUCCAUUUUAAAAGGUCCCUGGUUAAAUGUCUAGAUCUCAGUGAUGCUCAGUUUAAGCCGGUCCUCCCUCUAGAAGGCAGCAUUAUUCUAACGGGACAAAGUCAGAAGAUUCCUAGCAUUGGUCCCCCUUCACUCCCUGUUUGCAGCGGCGGCUGGUGAUCCAAUUCGUGGGUGGGGUGCAGUAAUGGACGGGGGUCGUCCCCAAGAAAAUAUAGAAUUGGUUUCUGGGAUGCCCACUAGCUAAAAAUGUAUUCUGAUUCAUAGCCUACAUCCUGACUUGCAGGGCCUGGACAAGCUUACACUGCUUUCACUUUCAUUCCACUAGUCAUUGCUAUUUGACCCAUGGUUGUUAUUCUGAUAUUGAGGCGUAUCAUGAUCAAUGUCCUAUAGUGUUUUACCGGAGUCUCAAGGUCAAUUUCAAAUGCUGUUUGGGGCCGUUGUAUCAUUUUAUUGUAUCACAAUAAAAUGUACCACUGUAUCAAAACUAAAAAGAACCUUCAGAAAAAAAUAAUGAAUUUGUUUUGAGCUGCUGCAGUGAAUUUCUGUUUUUCUUUUCUUGUUCGAUGGUUUCGGUUAAUCUGUUCAAAUAUUGUGUUAUUGUUUGGUCCAAAUAGCUUUGAUUUCUUUUAACAUACGAUCUGAACAUCAUCAUCAUAAUAAAAAAAAACUAUCAUUUGAACUGUAUUAUUUAUUGUUUAGGAUUUUUUUAAUGCUCGUUUUUGUUAGAAUUAUUUUUAACCAUGUUCAAUAAAAAAAA